AUGAGUUCUGAUAUUUCAGGUAAAGCAGAAUUAUCUUCUGUUGUUUAUAAAGUUGGUGAAAGCAUGCAAGAACUGAUAAAGUUAUGGAAGGAAUAUGAAUUAUCUCAAUCUCAAGUGGAAAAAAAUAGUGAAAGUUCUAACAGUGGCCCCACUCUCGAAAUUCGGAUACCAGCUGAGAAUGUUACCGCUACUAACCGUCAAGUUUUGCUCCCUUGUGUUAGAGGUGGCCAGCUAUGGGGGACUGAUGUUUACACUUAUGACUCAGAUCUUGUUGCUGGUUAUUGCCGCCCAACAGCUUCUCCACCUCCCGUAGCUGUACAAGAGUUGCAAACAACCAUUCGAGUGCUACCUCCACAAGAUUGCUAUAUUUCCACCCUGAGAAACAAUGUACGUUCCCGUGCUUGGGGUGCUGCAAUUGGUUGUAGUUAUAAAGUUGAGCGGUGCUGCAUUGUGAAGAAAGGAGGUGGAACUAUUGAUCUCGAACCCUGCCUUACGCAUACCUCAACCAUUGAGCCUACCCUUGCACCAGUAGCUGUUGAACGGACAAUGACUACCAGGGCUGCAGCUUCGAAUGCAUUGCGGCAACAAAGAUUUGUACGUGAAGUUACAAUACAGUACAACCUCUGCAAUGAACCUUGGAUCAAAUAUAGUAUAAGCAUUGUUGCUGACAAGGGUCUAAAAAAGCCACUCUAUACCUCUGCUCGUUUAAAGAAGGGAGAAGUUCUGUAUCUGGAGACACACUCCUGCAGAUACGAGCUCUGUUUUACUGGAGAAAAGAUGGUGAAGGCUAUACCAGCAAGUCAGAUGCAUGACCCAGAUACUGAGAAGUCUCAAAAUCACCAUCCAACAAAUGGUGAAAAAGCUGAUUCUGAUCAUGUCAUGGUUGAUGUAUUUCGAUGGUCUCGAUGUAAGAAUCCUCUGCCCCAGAAAGUGAUGCGGUUGAUUGGCAUCCCUCUGCCUCUUGAACAUGUGGAGGUGCUAGAGGAAAGCCUGGACUGGGAAGAUGUACAGUGGUCGCAGACCGGUGUUUGGAUUGCAGGAAAGGAAUAUACCCUUGCUCGGGUGCAUUUCUUGUAA